AUGAAAACUGUCACAGAAAAGAAGAAGUCCAAGUCGAAGCUCAAGGGUUUUGUUCUUAAGGAGAUUCCUGAUGAUGAGGAACAAAAAAGAAGAAGCGAAACGAUGCAUAAAAAUAAAGUUCUUAAUGAAGCUAAAGUUAGAGAGGAGACUUCGAUUCCUAAGUCGAUAACUGUUAUUCCACCCGAAGGUUCUAUUGCCAAUUCCAAUUUAGAGGAGGAUAGGUCUUUGAACAUCACUGAGAACUUAUCUAAUACAUACUCAAAUGUUAACAUGGGUGAGAAUCCUUUAACUUCUAUUCUAGAUUCUCUGACUGUUCAACCACCACCUUCGUCACCACAAACAACUUUGCUAAUUCCGCAUACAUCAGUUCCUCUUAAUUCUCAUACUUUAGAAAAUAUCUUGAAACAACCCGUUAGUGCAUUGCUCUCUUCUCACUCUACUAAUCAAGAUAUGAUGAUUAUUAAGGAGGAUGAACAUAUUGAAUUUGCUGAAUUAGAAUUUGAUCCUGGGGAUGAAGAUGUGGAAGACCAUGCAAUCAUGUAA